UCGGGCUACAUCACCUAUUGAUCUGCAAAUCCAGACAGGCUGCAGACAAGCAGUGAGCCGAAAUCUGAUAUUCAAAUUAUUGUUGGUAAACUAGGAGGCGAAAGUAAGAGGGACGGAGUUGAUACCGGGAAGUACAAACACCGUAUGCUGUAUUUGGUCUUUGUGCGAUCAACGGAUACAAACAGUUAAGACUUAAUGAGGCAUUCUGACGACCUUCUGCAAACCAGUUGAGUUAACUCAAAAACAUUUCAGGAUUUGCCUUUUGAUAUUUGGAUAUCCCGCCUAAUUUGGAAAGUGAUAUAUUCACCACAGUCAUAUAUGUAGAUGUACACUCUAGUCUGUUGGACAGGUUUAUUUAUAAGCUGUGGUUCGCGUGGAAGGCCCAUGUAGUUUAUGUUUCGGCUUGGCUAUUGGUGAAAGAUAUAUGUUUGUUGAAGGAAUCUUAGGAAAAUACUCACACGAUUAGACGAACAUAUGUUAGGAAAUAUUGGACAUUCGAAUGACAAAGACUCAAAGCUGCGUUUAGUAUGCUGAAGGAUUAGGCGAUUUUUAACUGAACUAUAAUCAACACCAAUGGAGAGCCCAAAAGUAAAUCUGAGGUUUUCCUGGUGGAACAUUCUAAUAUGUUUGGUGAUACUCUGCCAGAUAGCCGAGGGCUAUCGGACGUAUUCCUACCUCGCGGCAGAAUGGGGUGGAUGGACCUCAUGGACGGAGUGCAGCCGGACAUGUGGUAUCGGGGUAUCUGCGAGAUCACGUAAAUGCGAGACGAUACAGAGAAAAACAAACAACAUACAUUACUAUUAUUCAAGACGGCGAAUACGAUCCAAUUGUCGUGGGGAGUUUAAUCAGCAUAUGACGUGUAACACGGUGAAUUGUCCAGAAGGCAGCAAGGAUUUCAGAGCAGUUCAGUGCGAGGAAUUCAAUAAAAGAGAAUUCAAUGGAAAAACGUAUUCGUGGGAACCAUAUCUCACUAAUAAUAAAUGCGAGCUAGCAUGUAAAGCAACAGGACACGAUUUCUACGCAAGACUUGCGGAAAAGGCAAAUGAUGGCACCAGCUGUUCAAUGAGUCGGCUUGACGUCUGUGUGGAUGGGCGCUGCCAGAGCGUUGGUUGCGAUGGUGUCCUUGGCUCGAGCAAGGUGGAGGACAAGUGUGGCAUCUGUGGAGGGGACAGCACGACGUGUAAAAUAAUCUCAGGGAUCUUCACCCGGCCUACCAUGAAGUUUGGCUACAAUGACAUUGCCACCAUACCCGCUGGUGCGUGCAAUAUCAACAUCAGCGAGUUGGCUUACAGCAGGAAUUACUUAGCCCUUCAGACGCCGAGUAACAAGCAGUACCUCUUCAAUGGUAACUGGGGAAUAGACUGGAGCGGGGAGUACCCAGCAGCGGGCACAGUCUUCAAAUACAUGCGGCCGACUAACCCCAAGAGCGGCUAUCAGGAAAACGUUGCGGCCAAGGGCCCGGUGACGGAGCCAGUGAAACUGCAGAUACUCUACCAGCAGCGCAACCCGGGGAUAAAGUAUGAAUAUACCAUUCCUGUCCAGAAACAGGGAGCAGGUUCAAGCAAAACCCCAGUCAAAUAUGAGCCAUCAGACAGCGCCCGGACAGGCACAUCCAGCUUUGAAGGCAGGGUCGACCAAGGAAAAGUGGUGGAUCCAAGCUAUCAGAAUACGGAUUCAGGAAGAGGUGGAUACAGACCCAACACAAAGGCCCAAGGUGGUAGCAGCAGUACCGGGGUACGACUUGUAAAGGACCAGAUCGACCCCAGAAAGCAGGUACCUUCCAGAAACGGUUACUACCCUGGCAAUCAGUACGUGCAACCAGGCAAAUACCCCGGUGGCUCAAGUUCGAGGACCAAUUUUGCUUACGAAUGGAAAGUCUCAAGAUUUACAAACUGCUCUGCACCUUGUGGAGGAGGGACACAGCAAACGGUGAUUGUAUGUGUACUUCGUCAAUCUCUCGCGGUUGUUACGAAUGAUAACUGCGACUCGCGUACGAAACCAGCGGUUCGAACCCUUACUUGCAAUGCUAAUCCCUGUCCGCCAAGCUGGGAGGUGGAAGACUGGAGCAGCUGCAGUGUGACGUGUGGAAAAGGAGAGAAGGUCAGGAAAGUGAGCUGCCGCCAGAGGUACUCCGCCGUCUCAUCCGUUGCUGUUUCUGGCAGUAGAUGUCCUAUUGAGAAGAGGCCGAUAUCUCAGAAGACGUGCGAGAACGACCCUUGUUUUGAGUGGAAGGUUGGGGACUGGGGACAGUGUUCAGUAAGAUGCGGCAAAGGAAAGCGACGCAGGGACGUGGUCUGCGUCAACAGACAGAACCUUCAGAUGAGCGAACAUAACUGCGAAGGCCAGAAAGCUGCCACAGAGGAGAAAUGCGAUAAGGGCUCAUGCGCUGAAGGAUGGUUCUUCACCAUGUGGUCAAAUCAGUGCUCUGCAGAUUGUGGCUCAGGCACCCUGAACAGAAAGGUCUACUGCGCAGCUGGGACAGGAAACUGUGAUGCAAGUCACAAGCCCCAGGACACGAGAGCUUGCUUUGGAAACAGCCAGUGUGGGGGCCAGUGGUUCACGGGUCCAUGGAGUAAAUGUUCAAACACGUGUGGAGAGGACAGCACACAGAAACGUGACGUGAUGUGCAUGAGGAAAUAUGGCCAGUCGGUCCAAAUCGCCCGCGAGGAUGAAUGCCCCGCUGCUGACAAACCUGAAACCGACAGAUCAUGCGAGAGGAAAGAAUGCAGUUCAGAGUGGUACAUGUCAGCAUGGUCUGAGUGUUCUCGAACGUGUGGCGUUGGUUAUGUGAGCCGUGAGGUGAGAUGUCUGACAAUAGACAGAAAACCUAGCACAAGUUGCGAUAAUUCCGAGAAACCUUCGAUUAAACGGGAUUGCAAUCACGGCGCUUGUCCAACAGAGGCACCAUUGGAUCCCCGGUGCAAAGAUCAAAUACGGAACUGCCGAAUGGUUGUCCAGGCGAGGCUCUGCAAAUAUGCCUACUACAAACAGCUUUGCUGCGGGGCUUGUACGAAACAUGAACGACACCACCAAUCACAUCACAAACAACGAUAACUACAGGACACUACGAUACCAGUUGAGCAGCAACUGUGACUUUUUGUCAGAUAUAUGAAAUAUUGGUAGACUGUGCAACGGUAAUAACGGACUUUACCACAUGUUGUGAGAGCUAUCAUAGAUUUACGAAAAUCAGCUCGGGUACUCUGGGAAUAUUUUGAUAUGUGCGGGACACACAUAAGCAGAAUGGUGUUGGGCGUAAAGCAAAUCCACCGAGGUUCUAGGAGAAAAGGGUUGUUAGUUUCAUUUGAGGACGGAAACACACAGUUGUUCGUCAUGAUAAAUUUCAUGCUAUUUUGAGUAAGCAUUUAUAGCAAUAAACUCAUUUCAUUGUGCAUGUAAGUUCGAAUUCAUUAAGAAUACUAUUUAUUUAUUUCGGCAUUAUUUCUGUGUUGAGUACGGAGUGCACGCUGUACAAACUUUGACAUGAUAAGCUGAAGCUGUGUUUGGAGUUGAGCAUGAUUCUGUCUCCAUUCGUCGUGGCCUAUUGUUGUGGUUCAGGACAGAAAAGAACUCUUUUGAACGGAAUCUGACAAUGGCACGGGCACUGGGACUAGCAGCAAAAGCAAUCAAAGUCCCAUCCUCAACUUUGAGGAUGCUCAUUUUCGUUAGGAGGAAAACGCUUCCUGUGGGAGGGCGUCUCAUACCUUUUUGAUGUUUCUUCUUUAGGUACCCGUAGAAAGGUGUAGUAUAUUUCAUGUGAUGUGAUGAACGGUUCUAGCGUACUGUAUGUUGCAGUACAACUUCUCAAGGAUCCGCAUUGGAGAAGUCGCGGUCUGUUUGGAACUAUUAUAGCAUAAACAACAUAAUUAUGUCUCGACCAUCUUGUUCCUUGAAGGCAAAAAUAUGAUUUCCAGAAAUUUGUGCGAAAUGAUAACAUUGAGACAAGUAUAUUUCCCUGAACAUACGUGUAUGCCACAAUGAACUGUAUUCAAGUCAAGCGAUCUUGAUGACUUAAUAAAUGUUGUUCGUGAGUUAUAUUCAAAGCUAUGUGCUGUCGAGAGAUGUAAUCUCGAUGCUUUAAUUUCUACAUAGAAUGCAUGGGUCGCAAUAAGGUUACAUGUAGAUUGGAGUUUAAACAUUCAAUCAAUGGACCUACAGCAAAGGUAAAUAUCCAUUAAAACAGGUAGCUUUUUGAGACAAUCCUGAUAUGACGUUUCUGAGCUCAUUCUCCCUCGCAUAUACUAUAAACUUCAUAUACUACCACGACAAAAAGAAGAAGAAAACGUCGGUUACAAAACUCUAAGGGCAUUAUCUAAAUCCAUAUCUUGUUAAAAUUUCGCAUUAGUCGAUAUAAUAGGCUAUGAAUCAAUAUUCUAUAGGCACGUUAGGAGUUGACGAAGCUGUUAGAAAAUCAUUUCGGCGUCUUUUACGACUGGAUUAUACAGGGUGUUAAAAACAAUAUGAAAGAAGCAGCUAAUCAAACACUUAUGGCUUGUCUGAAUAAUGGGAACCAAAAUUUGUUACAGAACUCAUUUUCUGACACAUGCCAACAAUGCGAGUGAUCGGUCUGUUUCCAGAGGGCAGGGUUUAUUGUUCAAAGUUUUUUUCUUCGAGAUUUCACUACUGUUUGUUAAUACGCAUUGGGUACACAUUUAAGCAGUAGGCCUACUGAUAUAAAGCACACGCUAGUACGUCUGCUUGCUGUGCUGUAUUGUCCACGUUUCUUUCCAGACCUGAACAUUAACUUUUGUUUGAAAUGUGCUCAACGCUAUCCUGAAUUAUCCAAAUAUGAUGCAAAAAUAUUUCUGACCCUGCUCGAUCAGUCGCAGUGCUUGCAUGGGGUUUUCCCGAGUCUAGAUUACCACUAACAUACGACUAUGGAACAUGGAAUGGUAACAAAGUAGCGUUACAAAAUAAGUUUUGAGUUCCGAAAUAGAUAUCUUUACUUCGCUGAAAAUAUUUGCUUUCGUAGCAUUAAACGACAUGUAUAAUGGAGUAAUGUACAAUUGAAUGUUCUUUGUAUUGCUAUAGAAACAAAUUCCUUUUGUAAAAAGUUAUAAAUAUAGAUAUUAAAGGA